CCACUUACAACUCCAGGCUCAGUGGAAGAGGAAACUUUAGCGUGAAGUGCAGCAUCGGUUUGUCUCUGCUUUUUUUCCCCUUCUCUUCCUCUUCGCUGAAGACUUAGCAGCACUGUUCUCGCGGUGAAUUUGUGUGAAGCUCAUGAAAUAGUUCCCAGUACAUUUAACUCCUAUGGGAGAUGCCCUCAAACCUAGCUGGGAAAAAGGGCAAAAUAAAACUAAAGGCAGAGCUGAAUCAUAGAUUUCACGUGGACUUUGGCAAUUUUAAUACUGAAGAGAUCAUUACUGUCUGUCUGCAUUCUCUGCGAUCGUGCACUCUGCAGUGUUAAUGAGUCUCUUGCAGGAAUGGAUUGUUUGUGAAAUGAAAACCAAUUUGGCUGUUUUAGGAGCCCUUGCAUCAUUAAUUUAGGCUGUAUAAUUGUUGACUGAAAAUGGCUGUCUAAAGCAAAAUGUGCAAGACAGAAAAAUCUUGGAGGAGAAUGGAGUGUUGAAUCCAUUGAGCAAAGGUUGGAAACAUUAAAAUCUGUAGAAAUAGCCAAACCUUGAAAACUCUAAUCAUGAAUUCUGGAGUUGCUAUGAAAUAUGGAAAUGACUCCUCUGCGGAGCUGAGUGAGCUCCAUUUAGCAGCCCUGGCAUCACUAAAAGGAGACAUAGUGGAGCUUAAUAAACGACUGCAACAAACAGAAAGGGAACGGGACCUGUUGGAAAAGAAAUUGGCAAAGGCACAGUGUGAGCAGUCUCAUCUCAUGAGAGAGCACGAAGAUGUACAAGAACGAACGACACUGCGCUAUGAAGAACGAAUCACAGAGCUUCACAGCAUUAUUGCAGAGUUAAAUAAGAAGAUUGAUCGACUACAAGGAACGACAAUAAGGGAAGAAGAUGAGUAUUCAGAACUGCGAUCAGAGCUCAGCCACAGCCAGCAUGAGGUCAAUGAUGAUUCACGCAGCAUGGACCAGGAUCAGACUUCUGUCUCAGUACCAGAGAACCAGUCCACCAUGGUUACUGCUGACAUGGAUAACUGCAGUGACUUGAACUCAGAACUGCAGAGAGUGCUGACAGGACUGGAGAACGUAGUCUGUGGGAGGAAGAAGAGCAGUUGUAGUUUGUCUGUAGCAGAAGUGGACAGACACAUUGAACAGCUCACCACUGCCAGCGAACAUUGUGACCUAGCUAUUAAGACAGUAGAGGAAAUAGAAGGUGUACUAGGACGGGACCUUUAUCCCAAUUUCUCUGAAGAAAGAUCUCGAUGGGAAAAGGAGCUGGCUGGUUUGAGGGAAGAGAAUGAGAGCCUCACUGCCAUGCUGUGCAGCAAAGAGGAGGAGCUGAACAGGACCAAGGCUACCAUGAAUGCUAUCCGGGAAGAAAGGGACAGAUUACGCAGAAGGGUUCGGGAGCUGCAAACACGUUUACAGAGUGUUCAAGCAACAGGGCCAUCCAGCCCAGGGCGCCUCACUUCUACAAACCGACCCGUUAACCCCAGUACAGGAGAGCUGAGCACAAGCAGCAGCAGCAAUGACAUUCCGAUUGCCAAGAUUGCUGAACGAGUGAAGUUGUCAAAGACAAGAUCCGAAUCUUCUUCAUCUGACCGACCGGUCCUAGGAUCAGAAAUCAGCAGUAUAGGCGUGUCUAGCAGUGUGGCUGAACACUUGGCCCAUUCCCUUCAAGACUGUUCCAACAUCCAAGAAAUCUUCCAGACACUCUAUUCACAUGGAUCUGCUAUCUCUGAAAGUAAAAUCCGAGAGUUUGAAGUGGAAACUGAGAGGUUAAAUAGCCGUAUCGAGCACUUAAAAUCCCAGAAUGAUCUGUUAACAAUCACUCUGGAGGAGUGCAAGAGCAAUGCUGAGAGGAUGAGCAUGCUGGUUGGAAAAUAUGAAUCAAACACCACAGCACUCCGACUGGCAUUGCAAUACAGUGAGCAGUGCAUAGAAGCAUAUGAACUGCUACUUGCUUUGGCUGAAAGUGAACAGAGUCUUAUUCUUGGACAGUUCCGAGCUGCAGGUGUUGCGUCUGUCGGGGACCAAACAGGUGAUGAAAACAUUACCCAGAUGCUCAAGAGAGCGCAUGACUGCAGGAAGACAGCUGAGAAUGCAGCGAAAGCCCUGCUGAUGAAAUUAGAUGGGAGCUGCGGGGGAGCCUAUGCAAUCACAGGCUGUAGCGUACAGCCCUGGGAGAGCCUGUCAUCCAACAGCCACACCAGUACUACCAGCUCAACUGCAAGUAGCUGUGAUACAGAGUUCACAAAAGAGGAUGAGCAGCGGUUGAAAGAUUACAUCCAGCAACUGAAGAAUGAUAGGGCAGCAGUCAAACUCACCAUGUUGGAACUGGAGAGCAUUCACAUUGAUCCACUCAGUUAUGAUGUCAAACCUCGUGGAGACAGUCAGAGGCUUGAUCUGGAAAAUGCUGUAUUGAUGCAGGAACUCAUGGCUAUGAAGGAGGAGAUGGCUGAGCUAAAGGCACAACUGUACCUUCUAGAGAAAGAAAAGAAAGCACUUGAAUUGAAACUAAGUACCCGAGAAGCCCAAGAACAGGCCUACCUGGUCCACAUCGAGCACCUUAAGUCUGAGGUGGAAGAGCAAAAAGAACAGAGGAUGAGAUCUCUCAGCUCCACCAGCAGUAGCAGCAAAGACAAAAUGGGCAAGGAAUGCACUGAUGGGACCACAGCGUCGUUAACACUAGCUGAGCUGAGACCAUACAAUGAGAGCGAACUGGCUGCAGAGCUAACAAAUGCACUUAGGCGAGAGAAGAAACUGAAAGCCAGAGUGCAGGAGUUAGUGAGUGCCUUAGAGAGGCUCACAAAGAGCAGCGAAAUCCGACAUCAGCAGUCUGCAGAGUUUGUGAAUGACCUGAAAAGGGCAAACAGUAACCUGGUGGCAGCCUAUGAGAAAGCAAAGAAGAAGCAUCAAAACAAACUGAAGAAACUGGAGUCACAAAUGAUGGCCAUGGUUGAAAGGCAUGAGACGCAAGUGAGGAUGCUCAAACAAAGAAUAGCUCUGCUGGAGGAAGAGAACUCAAGACCUCAUACCAAUGAAACUUCACUUUAAAUGUCUUAUCUAUCUAUACAUAUAGAUAGAUAUAUAUCUAUAUAUAGCUAUAUAUCUAUCUAUACAUAUAGAUAGAUAUAUAGCUAUAUAUAGCUAUAUAUAGAUAAAAGACAAUUAGUGCCAUUAAAAACCUGUUUCUUUUUGAGGCUGAUUUUGGGUAGUGAACACUUAAGGAUAUGGGACAUAACAUAGACAUAGAUCAGCACCUCAUCUUGGACUUUGGCUCUCAACUCAAGUCAAGAGGGAUGGAGAGACUAUUCUCAGCCUAAGCCAAGGAUAGUUUUUUGAUGAUUCCUUGCUAAUGGACCAUGCCUAAAGGUAAAAUUUCUCUUCAUACCAAGGUUACGUAUAUAGUGUAUGUAAGGUCUCGGCCCAUGCAGAAUUUUGUAGUAUGUGGGACACCUGGAUCCCUUUGCAUUCCAUCACUGCAGAUGUAGUGCUAAGAGAAAUAACACG